CCCGCGCGCCGGGGCGAGUUCUGUCCGCGGGCGGCGGGAUGGAGCCCGCGACCGCGCCCCGGCCCGACAUGGCGCCCGAGCUGACCCCCGAGGAGGAGCAGGCCACCAAGCAGUUUCUUGAAGAGAUUAACAAGUGGACAGUUCAGUACAAUGUCUCUCCACUCUCUUGGAAUGUGGCUGUCAAGUUCCUCAUGGCCAGGAAAUUUGAUGUGCUCCGCGCCAUAGAGUUAUUCCACUCUUACAGGGAAACUCGAAGGAAGGAAGGCAUUGUAAAGCUGAAACCUCAUGAAGAACCUCUCCGUUCUGAGAUCCUUAGUGGAAAGUUCACCAUCUUAAAUGUUCGAGACCCAACAGGAGCCUCCAUUGCCCUCUUCACUGCCAGGCUGCAUCAUCCCCACAAGUCUGUCCAACAUGUGGUACUUCAGGCUCUGUUUUACUUGCUAGACAGAGCUGUGGAUAGCUUUGAAACUCAGAGAAAUGGACUGGUGUUUAUCUAUGAUAUGGGUGGUUCUAAUUAUGCCAACUUUGAACUGGAUCUUGGCAAGAAAGUUCUAAACCUGCUGAAGGGAGCAUUCCCGGCUCGCUUGAAGAAGGUGCUAAUCGUGGGAGCACCCAUAUGGUUCCGAGUGCCCUAUUCCAUCAUCAGCCUCCUGCUGAAAGAUAAAGUCCGGGAGAGGAUUCAGAUUUUGAAGACAUCUGAAGUUACCCAGCACCUACCCAGGGAGUGCCUUCCUGAAAACCUGGGUGGGUACGUGAAAAUUGACCUCGCCAGUUGGAAUUUCCAGUUUCUACCCCAGGUGAACGGCCACCCAGAUCCCUUCGAUGAGAUCAUCCUGUUCUCCCUCCCUCCUGCCUUAGACUGGGACUCAGUACAUGUUCCAGGUCCCCAUGCUAUGACUAUCCAAGAGUUGGUGGACUAUGUUAAUACCAGGCAAAAGCGAGGGAUAUAUGAGGAGUAUGAAGAUAUCCGUCGUGAGAACCCUGUUGGCACCUUCCACUGUUCCAUGUCACCAGGAAACCUGGAGAAGAACCGCUAUGGAGAUGUGCCCUGCCUCGAUCAAACUAGAGUGAAGCUCACAAAACGAAGUGGCCACACACAGACAGAUUACAUCAAUGCCAGUUUCAUGGAUGGCUACAAGCAAAAGAAUGCUUAUAUUGGUACACAAGGCCCUUUGGAGAAUACUUACCGUGAUUUCUGGCUUAUGGUAUGGGAGCAAAAAGUCCUAGUGAUUGUCAUGACCACACGUUUUGAGGAAGGUGGCAGGAGGAAGUGUGGGCAGUACUGGCCACUAGAGAAAGACUCUCGGGUUCGAUUUGGCUUCCUCACAGUGACCAACCUAGGCGUGGAGAACAUGAACCAUUACAAGAAAACCAUCUUGGAAAUUCACAAUGCAGAGGAGCGACAGAAACGCCAAGUGACCCACUUCCAGUUCCUAAGCUGGCCAGAUUAUGGCGUCCCUUCCUCUGCAGCUUCCCUCAUUGACUUCUUGAGGGUGGUCAGGAACCAGCAGAGGUUGGCCGUCAGCAGCAUGGGGGCACGAUCCAAAGGGCAACCCCCUGAGCCACCCAUCGUGGUCCACUGCAGUGCAGGCAUUGGCAGGACAGGUACAUUCUGCUCACUGGACAUCUGCCUGGCACAGCUGGAAGAGCUUGGCACCCUUAACGUGUUCCAGACGGUGUCCCGCAUGAGGACUCAGAGGGCCUUCAGCAUCCAGACCCCUGAGCAGUACUACUUUUGCUACAAGGCCAUCCUGGAGUUUGCAGAGAGGGAAGGCAUGGUGCCCUCCAGCCACAACCUGUUGGCUGUGGAGAGUCAGUAACUGUCUCACAAGCCUCCUUCUUGCUGGCCAGCCUUCCUUAAACUACCCUGGACACCGCUGAGCCUAUAUGUUACCAUCAGUUAUGCUGAAGUCAUGGACCAACCUCUUUCUUAUGUCUCCCAGCGCACGUGUGCACGCCUGGCAGCCUUUCCCAUUGGCUAGAUAGAUGUGGUGAAAUUGCCACUAGAAAGGGCCAGCAGCAAUGUGUUCUUAAUUCUUAGCACCUGCUAUCGAACUGUGCCUUAUUAAAACCAAAUUGUGGCUAUUGAUUUUUGCCAGGGCCCCUAGGUAAAUGGGGAAGGACCCUCCCCCUCUUUCCAAUGCCAUUCUCUUUCUUGAGGUCUCCUCUCUCCCACUCCUUGCUCGGAUUGAAUAGGGAAGUUUGGUGAGCAUCCACCUUCCUCUCAAGAUAGCUUGACCAAGUUACAUAUUCUAGAGAGCAUCCCGAGUGCCAAGCACGUUGAUACCUAGGGCGUGUAUUCCAGUUUUUUCUGUCUUUCUGUGUGUGUGCUGCGUGUAUGUGCACUUAUGUGUAUGGGUCCUUAUGUACGUGUGUGUAUAUAAUAAUAUUGUAUGUGAUAAUAUGGUCGUAUUCUAUAAAUAUAUAUACACAC